UGUUUUUGGUGCAGUGACGAAAAGAGUUGUAACAAAUACUGUUUUCCAUAUUCUGAGUGUCGUGUGGCUUCUAUAUUUUGGUUAAACUGUAGAGUUGACAUGUUUGGCAUCUUGAUGAUUGUGCUCAUAAUACUGAUUGUUGUAGGAGUCACUACGUAUUGCUGCAUCUAUCAUCAUUAUAUGCACAGCAGAAAUCCAGUCUUUGUUGAUGGAAGACGAGCAACAAUUUAUAAUCAUCGUGACACUCUUUAUGGUUCCCCCUCACCCAUGACUCAGUGUGAUUUUCUCCAGCUCCUCACCUAUAUCUGA